GGCUUAGGCUCAACGAAUCACAAGCUUCUUCUGAAAAAGAAAGACAUUAAUUAUAUAAUUCCUAGCUGCCAGGGUUACGCGAGAUUUAAAGAAAAUGCUUUAUAAACUGUGAAGUUAUUAAAAAGAAAAAAUCUGCUCCCCUUUUCGGGUGCCACGAUGCAGAGUUCAGCGCUGGUCAGACAGAAGACUUUCGGUCCUAUCAAGCUUCAACUGAGCUUCGGCACGGCUGGGCCGCAUUUCCUCCCCGCGGGCCCCUUCCCGGCCACAGCGCCCGGGCCGAGGCGGCGGUGAUCCCGUGGAGGGGCGGGGCAGGCCCCGGCCGCCCAGUUCCUGCUUCUAUAAACGGGGCCCGCGGCUAGCGGCGCCACAGACGCGGGGCCGGCACGAAGGAUGGGUCCGCGCUGCGCAGCGAGCCUGCCCCGGGGCCGCGGCCCGCGGCGCCCGCUCCUCCCCGCCGUCCUCCCGCUGCUUCUGCUCCUGCUGCCUCCGGGCGCGGGCGCCGGGGCCGGCCGGCCGCCCCACCUCGUCUUCGUGCUGGCGGACGACCUGGGAUGGAACGACGUGGGCUUCCACGGCUCGAACAUCCGCACGCCGCACCUGGACGCGCUGGCGGCCGGCGGGGUGCGGCUGGACAACUACUACACGCAGCCGCUGUGCACGCCGUCGCGGAGCCAGCUGCUCACCGGCCGCUACCAGAUCCACACAGGUUUACAGCACGAAAUAAUCUGGCCCUGUCAGCCCAGCUGCAUUCCUCUGGAUGAAAAGCUCCUUCCCCAGCUUCUAAAAGAGGCAGGCUACACUACCCAUAUGGUCGGAAAAUGGCACCUGGGAAUGUACCGGAAAGAAUGCCUUCCAACCCGCCGAGGAUUUGAUACCUACUUUGGAUAUCUCCUAGGUAGUGAAGAUUACUAUUCUCAUAAACACUGUACAUUAAUCUAUGCUCUGAAUGUCACACGAUGUGCUCUUGAUUUUCGAGAUGGUGAAGAAGUUGCAAUGGGAUAUGAAAAUAUGUAUUCAACAAACAUAUUUACCGAAAGGGCUGUAGCCCUUAUAACUAACCAUCCACCAGAGAAGCCUUUAUUUCUAUACCUUGCUCUCCAGUCUGUCCACGAGCCCCUUCAAGUCCCUGAGGAGUACCUGAAGCCAUAUGACUUUAUCCAAGAUAAGAAUAGGCAUUACUAUGCAGGAAUGGUGUCCCUUAUGGAUGAAGCAGUGGGAAAUGUCACUGCAGCUUUAAAAAGGAAUGGGCUGUGGAACAACACGGUGUUCAUCUUCUCCACAGAUAAUGGAGGGCAGACUUUGGCAGGUGGCAAUAACUGGCCCCUUCGAGGAAGAAAAUGGAGCCUGUGGGAAGGAGGCAUUCGAGGCGUGGGCUUUGUGGCAAGCCCCUUGCUGAAACAGAAGGGUGUGAAGAACCGGGAGCUCAUCCACAUUUCCGACUGGCUGCCAACGCUGGUGAAGCUGGCCGGGGGAAGCACAAAUGGCACCAAGCCUCUGGAUGGCUUUGAUGUGUGGAAAACCAUCAGUGAAGGAAGCCCGUCUCCCAGAAUAGAGCUGCUGCAUAAUAUCGACCCAAUCUUUGAAGACACUUCACCAUGUCCUGGGAAAAGCAUAGCUCCAGCAAAGGAUUCUUCUUAUCCCGAAUAUUCAAUGUUCAACACAUCUGUCCAUGCUGCAAUUAGACACAGGAACUGGAAACUGCUCACGGGAUACCCAGGCUGCGGCUACUGGUUCCCUCCACCGUCUCAUUACAAUGUUUCUGAGAUACCCUCCUCAGACCCACCAACCAAGACCCUCUGGCUCUUUGAUAUUGAUAAGGAUCCAGAAGAAAGACGGGACCUGUCAAGAGACUAUCCCCAUGUCGUCAAGCAGCUCCUUUCCCGCCUGCAGUUCUACCACAAGCACUCAGUGCCAGUGCACUUCCCUGCACAGGAUCCCCGCUGCGACCCCAAAAGCACAGGGGCGUGGGGCCCUUGGGUGUAGGAUCUCAGGCAGCCUGGGCCAGCCAGAUUGCCUGUUGCAAGUUGGACUCCAGGUCUUUAUUCGUGUGGCUCUUGUCUCAUUCGUUCUCCCAGUCUGGGUUCACCCAGGCCUUUUCUUGCACCUAAACCACACUGAGGUGUUCAAUUUCAACCCUUAGGGCAUUUAAGAAGCUGAUAAAAUCUGGAAUAUUCCUGCUGUUGGCUGGGGCAUGUGUCUAGAGGAGAGGGUGACUGGGUUCACCCCUUUUUCCUGAGCUCUGGGACAGCUGGGAACUUGACUUGAAGUAGGACUUCCCACUGAGUCCUGGAGGCUGAAGCAGCUGGCCCUUUUUGCCUCACAAGUCAGAUGUUAGAUUUCAUUCUGCCAAUAGCCCGGUUUUAUUGGUGUGACUCAUAAUUCUUGUUACAAAUAUAGGGAGCAGAGCAUUUUUAAUGGUUCUGUUGGCCAGGGUUUCUCCCGUCUGUGAGAGACCACAUGCAUCAUCCCCUUAGCUCAGCCUGCCCUCGCUCGGCCAUCACUCUUCCCACCAGGGAGCAUCUGGUCCAUUUCAUUAUGGAGAGCAGCAUGGCAAUAUGCCUUCUCCUUGGUUUUGGUUUUUACAGUAAAGAAAUGCGUUUUUAUCCCCAACUGUUUUUCCAGCCAUUGCUCAUACUUGUGUAGCCUUCCUGGUUUCCCCUAUUCCACUGUUGUUCUUUUCCUAACCUCCGUUUUGAUGCAGGCGUCCUGUGCCUGAGAAGGCUGCUUUGCCUCUCACUCUGAGCACCACUGGUUCUUGGAACACUGCUGAGCCCUGCCUUCCUUUUGCCCCUGACACCGAAGCUGGAGCCCUGCCCGAAGAACGUGGUCAAGUCUGGCUCUGUGAACAUGCUCAUGGGGGACAAAGGGGCCAGGGUGCCUGAUGCUGGGUCUGGUCAUAUGCUUGAUGAGGUUCUUUCUAAGUUUCAGGGAGUUUAUGAUCAUGGUUGUAGCUUUUUCUCAUAGUACAUUAAGAGUUGCACAGUUAUUCCCUAGUAGUGAGGAGAAACUCCAGGAGAGAAUAAUUUUGUCCUGAGAUGGUAGAAGUGGGCAGCUUGAAAGGAAAUGGCCAGCAUCUGGGGUGAAGCAAGGUAGCCCACAUUUUUCUUAUUCUCUCCAUUUUACUGCUUGUAUUGAGGUUCUGGAUUGGGGAAAGAGGACACACAGUUGAACCUCCAGCUCUUUCUGUCCCACAAACAUCCUACCAACAUGGAUCAGUCCACAUUAGCUCCAAAGAGUGUCAAACUCAGAGAAAUAUAUGCAAAAACCCUACUCUUUCUUGCAUUAGCUCCACUGCUUCAUUCACUGCUUGUCACUAAUGCCUGGAUCAGUGCCUGACAGAUAGAAGGCACUCAAUGCAUUUUUUAAAAUAAAUGAAUGAAUGAACAAAACAGCAAAUGAGAAAGUCUUACCCCAUGAAAGAUGCUACUCCAGUGUUUUAAAGCUGCCCUCCUCGGGAGGAGCAGAGCCUGCAUACUCACAGUCAUAGGACACUCCAUAGUAAAGUUGUAAUGUCCUCUCCAGGGGGAAAAGGGUGAAAUAUGCCUACCAAAGGUAAUCCUUUGCCAGUAAUCUUCAGUUCUGUUCUUCAUAGGACCAAAUCAUAUGAUGUCCUUAUAUAGCCAUCUUCAGUAGAAAUAUUUUCUGUCACUACUAACUUGUAUUAAAAUAAGAGAAUUGGAAGGAACCAGUGCUAAAACUAAUGACAGCUAUCACCAACCUUUACCACAUUCGUAGGUUAACAAACAGCUGGCCACAGUGCUGUCACUUCUCCCUCCCAAGCCUGUGGCAGAAACUGUGAACUACCUGAGCCCCGAUGUUCCUCUUCCAAUCCCAUGGCUGCAGGUAGCUGCAGGCACUACUACUCUAAGAUUGGAGGCCAUCGCCACAUGCCACCUGUUUGCUCCCCUGUGCUCUACAACUGUCCCCAAUUCCAGUUCCUUGACCACAUGUACAAUGUAGGUGUUCUGCACUCAGUGGCUUUAAAAGGAGUUUUAAAAACUAAUUUCUUGUAAAACUUUUGAGAUUUUAUUUUAUCCAUAAUAGAAUGUAUCUCAUUAGACUUUCUUAUUCUGUAUAAGAAUGUGAACAGAUUCAUAGGUUGUUAUUAGAAGUAUUAAUAUUAUUUCUUUCCAAAUUUGUUUACCUUUAAGAAGGGUUUUACUUACUUGUUUUUCUUUGUUAUCACAUGAUUGUCCCAGAUUUGGGGGACAAAAAAUUAAUUUUACCUUUUAAAAUGUGUCAGCUGUGAUUAUGGGGUUUCCAUUAGGGUGAUGAAAAAUUCUGGCACUAGAUACUGUUGAUGUUUGUACAACAUCAUGAAUGUACUUAAUGCCUCUGAAUUGUAUGCUUUAAAGUGGUGAAAGUGAUCAAUGUUAUAUUUUUUUCACAAUUUUAAAAAUGUUUUGGCCAAUUUUAUGCUAUGUAAAUUAUAUAUCAACAAAGCAAAUAAAUAUAACAAAAGAUCAGAACUAAAAAAGAAAA